GGGGAGAGGUGUUUGCUGGCAAAAGUAUUAUUGGCAGAUGCAGGAUUUGUUGUGAAAGGGAAGUUUGAUCUGAAGAAUAUUACAAAGCUCUGUUUCUUUUCCUGCAGGCUCUAGUGACAGCAAAUAUAGAUAGUUUGAAAUGGGGAUAGUGAAUUAUCUGCCUACAAGUUUGUAAAGAUGAAAGUAGUGACUGGACAGCUGCAUAAUGAAGCCCAAGGCAUUAAGAUAGGUACUGUUUAGUUGGAAGCUGGUGGGAUGAGGAGCUGAGUUUAAGCUGAGUCUGGUCUCUGGCCCUUAAAUGUCUGGGGAUCUUCAAAACAGGAAGAUAAAGUUCUGAGGAUCCAAAGUGCAAUUUUAGUCUUUCCUCUUCCACUAAAAAAUAUUUAGUUUUUGUGGUAAGAACAGCUGAGAAUGCAUAGGUUGCUUUAAGACCGGUACAAAAUUGAGGUAUUUUAGUGCUUUGGGGUAAUAGAGUUGUCUGGUUUCUUACAUUAGAGAUGAUACACUAAGAAUGUUGAAUACUUCUGUCAUACAUAUUGCAGAAUGGAUAUAAAUAGUUUAUGAAGAACAAUUGCGUUGGUCUAUGGUGUGGACUAAUAUACAGCUCGCUAAUUGUUUAAUUAUAGUGGGAAGUAGAGGAGAAAAAUUCUUUGAAGUUUCCCCUUAUAUCUCCUUGAAUCCCUUAAUCCCUGCCUGUAGUCUUGUUGAUGCAGAUACUACUAGGUACUUUUUCAGCAUCAAUCCUUAAGUCCUUAAACUUUUGCAGGUUAUUGUGAUCCCCUUAGUCUCUUUUAGAAGGAAGCAUUGUAGGAGUUAUAACUAGGUGAACUAUGCUGCAUCAGAAGAUGAGAUGUACUUGCUUGCCAAUGCCAAUGUGCAACUGCUAUCAGGUAAUCUCUCUUCAGCUGCAGUUUACACCUACAAUUACUUGGUUGAGGAAGUUUGAAAUCUCUAAAAUUUGCAUGGUCCCGUCUGUCACUGCAGUUUUCAAGUUGUAUGUUUGUAAAUACAGCCCCUAAAGGUCUUAAACAGAUAUUUCCAAAAGGACUUAACCCAUAUUAUAUUAUAUUUACUUUUGUCAACUUUAUACAGAUUUGGUGUCUUAGCUGAUAUUAUUAAAGGCUCUGUGGGUGGUAUUGUAAGAUACUUCACUUGAAUAACUAAGAACUAAACUGACUUCAACAUUGUAUGGGAGCAAUUUGGUCCAUGGUAUUUUUGGCAUCUCCCAAUACUUCUAGAUUUUGCAGGAUCAGGAGGGUGGGGGUGGGGAGGUUGCCUUUGUUCAAGUUUCCAGAGUUCUUGUUCAGGAAUUGAUCCUUCAGAUGUAAAAAGUAUGGACAAUGCAGUAUCCUUAUGAAGGAAGAGUGUCUGAGGAGGGUGAAUUCUUUGUCUUUUUACAGGUGUUUUCUAAAUCUGAUGUCACUUUGAAUGUUUUUCUUUAUUACUGAUGAUUUUUACUAGGGAGAGAAAUAUAAAUAGUUCCCAGAGAAAUUGGCAAUUGUUGCAAGGGAUGAGUUAUAAAAAGAAGAAUUUAGGAGGCUGUCAAACAUUGAACAGUACAAAGACAGAGGCGAGGUGAUAAAAAAAUUGUGUUAGUGAUUAUAAGAUAAAUGUUUCUUUAUUGUAAACAGUGGAUUUCAAACGUCAAAACAACCAAUUGGUAAUAUUUAAAGGCAUGUACAUAAUUUAUUUCAUUGAAGUCCUGUGGUUAGCUCAGAACAUGCCCAUCUUCAUAAGGAUAACAUGUUAGGCAGACCCGAUGACAUGGUCUGCCUUUCACAGCCAAGCUUUGAAUCUGGCCUUCAUUGUUUAAGUUUGGCAGGCCCAUCAUCCUAGUAGGUGACAUUUUCUGUGAAUCCUUCAUCCUUUUUAUCGAGGUAAAGGGGAAUAGUAGUGUGGCUCUAAUAGUUGUUCAUAAGGAGCCUCUCAGGUUCCAUUUCUGGUGAAUUUACUGUCUUGAAAGAGGAGAACAGCAUCCUUUGAAAAGGAACUCCAGCGCAAAGUAAUGAAGACUUUUAACUGCAAAAUAAAAUGCAAAUCUGGACGUAGGUAGAGUAAGAAAGAAGAAAUUUUGAGGACAGUCAGGAGGAGAAAUCAUGCAAAUAAACAUGAAAUGUAAUAUCUUUGUGAGGGGAACUUGCUAUGCAUUUUUUUCAUUAAGUAUUUUGUGAAGUUGCAAAUGUAUAUAGCAUACUAUUCUGUAGGGAUUUUUAUAGCUAAGCCCCCUAGAAAUGCUGUACACUAUAAAAUGUGAGGAAAUCCUAACCUGCUCUUUGUUUGCUUGUUUUCCUAGUUUUUUUCUUGUGUGCCUUGCCAUGCAAGAAAAAAACCCUUCCCGGUUUUUACUUCUAUUGGAUUGCUUUAACUAUAUGAUUCUACAUCUUAGUUUAUAUGGAUUAUAUAAGGAAAACAGGAUAACAAUGAGGAAGAAAAACUAGCAAGAAUAAUAAUUUAUGUUGCUUAUACCUGUGUGCAUGUAUUAUGCGAGUAAGUAUGUGCAUAGAUAGGUUUUGAGUGGAAAUCUUUGGCCAUUCUGUUGAACUGAGAGUGUCUUAGUAAUCUGUAGGAGUAAAAUUUGGGAUAUUUGAUACUGAGAAGCACAUAGUUACUAUUUUAGGGGGGGGAAUCACUGAUACUAAUACUUGAAUAUAUUUGUGCUAAUUAGUUUUUAGUGCAUCUAUGUAUCUUACCAAAAAAAUCUCAGAGGGGAGGAGGGUAGCUUUGCAAAUACAGUAAAACACUGAGAACUCAGUAAGCUUAUUGUUAGAACAUAGACACUUAUACAGUUUUAAAGAUAUUUUUUUAAAAAGUUGUUUUAUAAAAUAGUUUCUUGCACUUUACCUGCUGGCUUUUCAAUUUGGUAGAUAACAUCUGAACUCCAGCAGAGUUUUAUAAUCCCCACGUGCUUAAAUAUACUAAAUGUUCUUUUUCCAUUAAGGUUAAUGUUCGUGAAGAAAUUGAAGAGUUUUUUCCAAGAAUGUGGAAGAUAAAUCAAGAUAAAAGAAGGCUAAUGAAAAGUAUUAAAGAUCAGAAAAUUAAAAUUGAAUGGGGGAAAAAAUUGAACAGAAGAUUGGUCAGAUAGAAGCACUUGAAUAUUUUUUUAAGGCUAUAAUGAAUUGUUUGAAUUGGGGAAGAAUACACGAAGUAUGAAAAAUGAAAAACUCAAUGAAGAAUGAAGAAAAGUAGAAAGCAAGAGUGAAGUAGAAUUAAAAGAAUCUGGAAGAAUGAAUGGGUCCUAGGUUAAGUAAAUGUAUGGUUUAUGUUCCAGUGUCUGUAUGAUCAAGUUGUAGAUGAAUUUGCAUGAUUACUUAGUUAAUAGCGAAUUGGUGAUCUGGUUCAAGCAGGGACCUAUUUGAGGCGAGCAUACAAUAUUAACAGUGGGUUAGCAAAAUGAAAUUUGUUUUGGAGGGUAUUGCCUAACCAUUUAUUUUUCAGGAGCAAUCAAUAUAAUAGAAUUACUGUACUUUAAAUGUUAGGAGUUAGGCAUUUACGCAACCAAUACCAUUUUUAAUACUGUCUUUUUUGUUAGGAGUCUCGCUCCCAGUCAAAAUCUCCAGCUGGGAGUCCUGCUCGUGUAAAAUCAGAGAGCAGGUCAGGAUCUCGCAGUCCGUCGAGGGCUUCCAAACAUUCUGAAUCGCACUCUAGGUCAAGAUCAAAGUCAAGAUCCAGGUCCAGAAGACAUUCUCACAGACGUUACACGCGGUCCAGAUCCCAUUCUCAUUCCCAUAGGAGACGUUCUCGAAGCAGAUCGUACACACCAGAAUACCGUCGUCGAAGGAGCCGUAGUCAUUCUCCAAUGUCCAACAGGAGAAGGCACACUGGCAGCAGAGCUAAUCCAGAUCCUAAUACCUGUCUUGGAGUGUUUGGUCUCAGUUUGUACACUACUGAGAGAGAUUUACGUGAGGUCUUCUCCCGUUACGGACCUUUGACUGGUGUCAAUGUGGUUUAUGAUCAACGGACUGGACGAUCAAGAGGAUUUGCUUUCGUUUAUUUUGAGAGAAUUGAUGAUUCUAAGGAGGCGAUGGAGCAUGCAAAUGGAAUGGAGCUGGAUGGCAGGAGGAUUCGAGUGGAUUACUCAAUCACCAAGAGAGCACAUACACCCACCCCAGGCAUCUACAUGGGCAGGCCAACACAUGGAGGAGGUGGUGGCGGUGGAGCAGGUCGUCGCCGAGACUCAUAUUAUGACAGGGGGUAUGACAGAGGAUAUGACAGAUAUGAAGAAUAUGACUACAGAUACAGGAGACGAUCACCAUCGCCUUAUUAUAGUCGAUACCGAUCGCGAUCAAGAUCCCGUUCCUAUAGUCCAAGGCGCUACUGAAGAUUAGAAGAGUUACAGUUGAGGACUUGAUUUUUAAAUACAAAGUUCAGAUCUUUAGCAUCCCUACCAUGCUUUCCCUUCCAUCUUCCCUUUCUUGUUCUCCUUCCGGCUCUUUCAGAAGUCUUUGGUUCAUUUAGAAUAUACAUAUUUUCAGUUGAAGUAUUCCUAUUUUCCAUCCCUUCUUAUUGUAAUACUCUUAAAUAUUGUAAUUGUUGUAGUUUUUGUGUAGUAAAACAUCUUGAGUAAAAUGAAAUAGAGAAACCCGAAGUGCUGAUACAUUUUGGAAGUCAUUCCUAUUUCGUUUUUACAACAGUUGGACUCCUGACUAAUCAGAAGAGAGCGUUGAUAUUUUUAAAGCUUGCAUGUCAUAUGUAGUAUACACACUCGGAUACUUUAACAUAAACCUGCAUUUCCAAGUAACUUGUUAAUCUUUCUGUUAAAAUGUUUACCUAUUACUUUGAUAAACAAGUAAUGACUUUGAGCCUUUUCUGUAAUGAUAAAUUUGCUUAGAUAGUCAUGAACCAGAGGAUUGGUUUGUUUUUUUUUGUUUUUGGGGGGUUUUUUGGUUGGAUUUGUUUUUUUUUAAUGUGUCAAGUAGUUGCUUUGAGAGUAGACUAUUUGAGCUAGAUCAGAAUUUGGUAUUUGACUGACUGGGAGAAUAGAUCCUUGUACACUCAAAAUUAAGGCUGUGUGUUUUAUAGAAAAAGUUUCUGGAUUGCUACACAGUGGAUAACAGUUGAAAUUAAAAUUGUUUAAUUCCUGGGGUCUUUGUGGUACUUGGCUGAGUAUUUCCCCUUAAUUGGUGCAGAAGAAAAAAUAUUUAUUGAACAUAGCAAUUAGUUAUAUAAUUUGCUGUUCAUGAAAGAAAAAGUCACAAACUUUUUGGUAUUGAAAUAAUGAUGGAGCAAGUUUUGUUUCCAAUCCUUUUUGAACUUUUGGAAGUAUGGAUGGAAAAACCUACAGCUACAUGUAAACCUUUUUUUUCCCCUCAAUAAAAGUUAAGUCCACUGAUAAUGUA